AUGUCUAAUGAUCUGUGUGAAGAUUUGAUUCUUAACAUCUUCUCAAAACUACCAACCAAAUCCCUUCUCCGCUUCAGAUCAGUUUCCAAAUCAUUAUGUGUUCGUAUCCGUACACCGAGUGUCUUCAUCCGACUCCAUACUUUUCGAUCUCCGGAGAAAGCCAUGAUCACACACCGACUUUAUUGGGGCCGUAGUUCCAAUGACAGUAUCUACACGGAUGUAUUCGCAGUUGGUUUCGACCCUGUCAUCGACGAUUACAAGAUUUUGAGGAUAACCACAACACCAACUUCAUAUAUUUACACCAUGAACACACACACUUGGCGUGAGAUUGCUUCCCCUACCCCUACUACUACUACUCCUUUUACUUUUGUCAAGUAUUACCAGUGUCUUUUCCAAGGAACAUUGCAUUGGGUCAUAAAAAGGUAUGCAACCAAUGCACAUGGUUUAUGGUAUUAUAUAAUGAGAUUCGAUUUGAGCUUUGAGGUUUUUUCUACGAUCGAGUUGCCCCAACCAAGUUCGGAAACCAGUGAUGUAAGUUUAACAGUCAUCAAAGGUUGUCUAGCUGUGUUUACUUCGGACCAUCAUGACCAUUGUCUUUGGAUUAGAAGAGAGUACAAUAACAUAUACCCUGCUACUUGGCAUAUUGCUUUUAGAUAUAUUACAAAUCCACUUGAAGUAGAACAUAGAGUUUUGCAAAUGACCCCCAAAGAUGAUCUACUAUACAUUGUUUAUCCUAACAAGAUCCUAGUUUAUAAUAUUGUGACAAUGGCGAUAUCUAGUCCGGAGGACUUGAGUGAUUAUCCAACUAGCUUAGAUGGCAUGGAUAUGUGUUUGGAUAGCGUUGGAUUAUUAGAUAUGGGGACUUCAUGUGAGGGUUAUUGCAAAUUAUGCAAAUUUAGGUUCUAUUACAACAGUUGA